GCUCGCCCGCGGGAAGCGGGGCCGCGAGCCCCGUGCGCGGUCCGAGGCGGGAAAAGCCGUGCGCAUGCGUAGGCCGGCCGGCCCGGCUCCUGAGGAUGGGGAAGGGAAGGUGGAGUUUUCAAGCGGGAACUUGACCCGUUAGGCGCCGCGGCCAUGGCGGCGCGCUCGCCGUCCUCCCCGCUGCCUCCGCCCCCGGCCCGGCCGCCGGGCCGUCGCGGGCGCGGAGCCGAGGUGCACGCCGUGCGCAGCGAGGCCUCGGGGCUGGCGGGCGCCGCGAGGGAGGUCUUCGCGGAUAAAAGCGACCUCGUCUGGAGGGGCGAAGAAGGGUCAGGGGGCCGGCGAGGGCCGGGCCGGGCCGCGGCCGCUCUCGCUCCAGUCGCCAGCGCGCCCCCGGGCUCCUGGCGGCCAGAGGGCCUCUCCGUGGCGGAGGCGAAGGCGACUCGGACGCAGCUGCUGGAGGAAGAGCUGAGCAGCCUAAAGGAGGAGCUGGCCCUGUGUCAGGCUGACAAAGAAUUUGUAUGGUCUUUGUGGAAACGCCUCCAGGCAACAAAUCCGGAUCUCACUCAAAGUAUCAGUUUGGUUGUGGAAAGAGAAAAACAGAAAUCUGAAGCCAAAGACAGAAAAGUUCUGGAAAUUUUACAAGUCAAGGAUGUUAAAAUACAAGAAUUGGAGCAGAGUGAAUCAGUCCUAAGACAGGAAAUAAAUGACCUUGUAAAACAAAAGUCUAUGGUUGAUGAAGAAAAUGUCUUCUUGAGGAAAAAAUUCAGUGAUUUGCAGAAGAAAUUUAAAGAUAAAAGCCAAGAAGUUAAGGACACCAAGGAGUGUGCACAGAAUAAAGAAGAGCAAAACAGGCUGUUUAUAAAACACCUGGAGGAGGAAAAUGAGAAAUUACGUACACGCUGCGCUGACCUGCUAAAUGACCUGGAGAAACUGAGGAACCAGGAAGCACACUGGAGAAAAGAAAAACACAGUGCUGAGGCGAAAGUAAAGGCCUAUGAAGACAAUUUAAUUGAAGCACAGAAAGAAAUUGAGUUAUCACAGAGUAAAUAUAAUGCUUUGUCACUACAGUUGAAUAACAAACAGACUGAACUUCUCCAAAAAGAUACAGAUAUUACACUCGUCAGGAAAGAGUUGCAGGAGCUGCAGAAUCUGUACAAGCAGAACAGUGCACAUACAGCACAGCAAGCAGAGCUCAUCCAUCAGCUCCAGGUUCUCAAUAUGGACACACAAAAAGUACUCAAGAAUCAGGAGGAUGUUCACAUGGCCGAAAGUAUAUCAUACCAAAAACUUUAUGAUGAAUUACAUAUUUGUUUUGAAACUACAAAAUCAAAUGAAGCUAUGCUCCGGCAAAGUAUUGUUGAUCUUCAGGACCAACUGUUUCAAAAAGAACAAGAAAAUAUAAAACUAAAAGAAAAACUUAAGGAAUCACAAGAAGCAUCCUGUCCAUUACCUCUAGAAAGUGAUUUGAAUCAGUCAGCAAAGUUGUCCCAACAGCCAUCAUUAUCAGGCUUGGAAACAUUAAUGGUCUCACAGAAGUCUGAAAUUGAGUGUUUACAGAAGGAACUGAAGGUGGCAAAUGAGAAGUUGCUGGAGAGUGGACCCCCUGCCCAGAGUUUCUCAGGGAAGAGCACUGCCAGAAAACGCAAGGAACCACCUGUGAAACGCUCAAGGUCUUUGUCCCCAAAGAGCACUUUCCUGGAUUCCGAGGAGCUAAGGAAGCUGAACAAAGCUGAAAGAAAGAUUGAAAACUUAGAGAAGACACUACAGCUAAAGAGCCAAGAAAAUGAUGAGCUAAGAGAUGCCCAUGAAAAACGCAAGGAAAGGCUACAGAUGUUACACACCAACUACAGAGCAGUAAAAGAGCAAUUAAAACAGUGGGAAGAAGACAGUGGCAUUAGGUCUGAAACUAGAAAAGUGAAGCGAGCACACCCUCAGCAACUUGGACAGGAAGACGCAGAUGCUGUGUGGAGUGAACUGGCGUAUUUCAAAAAAGAAAACCGAGAGUUGAUGGUGCAAAAGAUGAAUCUUCAAGAUGAAUUGGAUGAGCUUAAAGUACAUAUGUCUAUUGAUAAAACAACAAUACACGAAUUGAAUAGGUGCAUGGCAGAGAAAAGAGAAGAACAAGUCUUUAGACACCAUGAAGAUGUUGGGGUCAAGAAGAGUACCCCAGAGAAGAAUGAGAAAGCAAUACUAGAGCAGACAUUGCAGAAGGUCAUUGAGUUGGAAAAUCGGCUAAGGUCUUUCGAGAAUAAGUCAAGAAAAUUAAAAGAGGGGAAUACAAAAUUAAAGAAAGAAAACGAUUUCCUGAAAUCCCAGUUAAAACACUAUCAAGAAGAUUCCGAGGUGAGAGAAAGAGAGCUAGAGCGUCUACUGAAGGUGAGCAAAGAUGUAGAAGACGACCGAGGUGAACUUGAGAUCAAAAUCACUGCGCUGGAGAAGGAGAUCACCACCCUGAGGAAACAGGUGGCAGACACCAAGGCUUUGAGAAAUGAAAAGGAAGAGGCGGUGAGUCCAGGGGAGAAAGUGCACCAUCCCACAGACCAAGCUAAAUCUGCUAUGGCCACUGCAGAUGUGAGAGCCCGGCAGUGUGACUGCAAGACUACCACUACCAAGGUGAAAUUUAAAGCUGCCAAGAGAAAGAUCUCUGUGGGUCGCCACCACACUGUUCUCAAUCACUCCAUCAAGGUUAUGAGCCACUUUGAGAACAUCAGCAAGGACGGCUGGGAAGAUGUGAGUGAAGGCAGCAGUGAUUCUGAGACACAUUCUCAAAAUUUGGGAACAAUUAUUGUGGAAACAUCUGAGAAAAUAAGCCCUAUAGAAGAUGAUGGAGACCAGAAAGAAACAGAUGUAACAGAAGACAGCUGUGCUCAGCAAAGGGCAAUGCAGACAGGCUCACGAGAAGAGGGCAAGGCCCUGAAGGAUAUUUCUCAUUAUAAGAAUACUAAGAAAAUAGCUUUUCAAAAGAAGAGUGGAAACAUGCAGAAGAGUGUACAUACAGUGGUUCCUGCCAGAGUUAACAGAGAAAAGUGCAAAAAUAUACCUGCCCAAAAGUCCAGUAGCAACACUAUUUUAUUACGAGAACGGAUUAUAGCCUUACAGCAACAGAACAGUUUGCUUCAUAAUGCCAAGAAAGCAGCAGAGUCAUCUGCUAAGGAAUAUAAAGAAGCAAACGAGAAACUCCUCCAUCAACAGCAGAUAUCCGAUCAACGAUUUCAGACCAGCAGACAGACAAUAAAGAAGUUAACUCUUGAUUUGGCUGGACUUCGAAAAGAAAAAGAAGAUUUGCUGAAGAAAUUGGAGUCUUCAUCUGACAUCAUGAACUUGGCUGAAGAAGUUUCUAGAGUAAUGGCCCCACAGAUACAAGUUACCACACUGGGUCCUUCAAGGAGCAUGGAUUUGGAAAUAAAGCAAUUACAGUGUAAACUAAAGAAUGCAACUAAUGAACUCACUAAGCAGACAUCAAAUGUGAAGUCUCUGAAACUGGAACUCCUCGCGAAGGAAGAACACAUAAAGGAGAUGCAUGAAAAGAUGUCUCGGUUGGAGAGAGAUAUAAAUAUGAAAAGACACCUGAUCGAGGACUUGAAAUUUCGACAAAAAGUAAAUUCAGAAAGUAAUGAGAAUUUUAGUGAAAUGUUAGAAAGUCUUGAAAAAAAGGUGAAGACAUUAACUGAAGAAUGUUCCAACAAGAAGGUAUCAGUUGAUUCACUAAAGCAAAGACUUAAUGUUGCUGUGAAAGAGAAGUCACAGUAUGAACAGAUGUAUCAGAAAACUAAGGAGGAGUUAGGGAAAAAGGACCUCAAGCUGAGUCUCCUCACAUCAAAAGUGAGUGACACAGAGACAGCCAUGACGAGGGUUGAGACAGCUGCAGCGGAGCAGCUCCAAGGCUUAGCACUGCAGAGUGAACAGGUCCUGGGAGCUGCGCAGAGGAAACUGCUGGCAGCCAAUGAGAAGAUAGAAGAGUUCCUCAUCUUUGUGAAGGCUUUGGUCAAAGAGUUACAAAGUGAUGUCCAUAGGACCAGACAUCGAAUCAGAGAGCUUAAGAAGAUGCAGAAAGGCAGACAUGCUUGUAAAACCUCAACCCAUAAAGCCCAAACCUUGGCAGCAUCCAUCCUGAACAUUUCACAGUCAGACCUGGAGGAAAUACUGGACACAGAAGAUGAAGUGGAAAUUGAAAAGACAAAGAUAGAUGCUGAAAAUGACAAGGAAUGGCUGUUAUAUAUUCAGAAACUUCUUGAAGGACAGCUUCCUUUUGCCUCACAUUUACUAGAAGCAGUACUGGAGAAAAUAAUUGAAAACAAAAAACUAACUGAAGAAUAUUUCACAGUUAUGAAAGACAUUAGAUAAUGUUAUAGAUACAGUUAAGAUAGACAUAGCUAAUGAUAUAUAUAUAUAUAUAUAUAAAAUUAUCUGUGUUCAAGCAUGCGCAUUUCAUGUGCUGUGGUUGUAAACAGUCCAGAACAGUAUCUGCUCCAGUUAUCAAUGGGUUGCUUCAAUAUCAAACUAAGAAAUUUCUGAAACUAAUUGAUUCCUGAACAAGUGACCCUAAGUGUGUAGCCACUUAAAAGGAGAGUCUAGCAUUUGGUUGUUGGAUACAAAUACUGUCACAAAUACAAAUUAAAAGUGAUUUUCCUCCAGUACAAAGAAGCUUAAACAAGUUUGUCACAUACAUGUUGGUCUGAGUAUAAAAAGAAAAAGGCAUAAAUAAAGGACUUAAUAUUCUAAAUUUUAUAUGCAAACUAGACUUUUACAUAAAAUUGUUAUAAAUGGCCCUUUGUGAUCCAGUGAAUAACAUAUUUGUGUGCUGAGAAAAUAUAAAGUAAAUUAUCCUAACAUGAAUGAGGAGCAUUGAAUAAAGCUAUUAUGUGGUUCAUUGUACCUAUUCUCAUUGACACACUGGAUUAUACAGAAGAUACUUGGUUUUUUCUAGAACUGUCUGACAAAAACAAAAACAAACAAACAAAAAAACCAUUUUCUCCUCCUUUCUCUCCUUGUGCAGUCAUAUAAAUGAGCAAGGGUAGGACACCGGUGUCGAAUGUUGGUGGAGACCUAGCCACGCUCCUACCAUGGUUACCUAAUUACCAAUGCCUUCUCACCAUGAUGGACCAUUGCAUUUGGUUCCUGAAUUCCCCCAUCACCACACCUCCUCCCUGUGUUCUUGCCACACACUCUUGGUGCCUCUGAGUCCCUGCACUUUGGCCUCCACACUUGAUGGAGGUGUCCUGUCUUUGCAGAGUGCUCUGUGUGUAACUUUACUCAGACAUGUCUUUUCUCAUUUUCUGGUUCACUUUAGGAUUUCUUGAGGAUAUAGUCUCUGAAUAUCUUACUGUUUACAUGAAAUCAUCUAUUUUAAAUAUGGUCACUUCUUUGUUUAUGGUUUAUUCUCAUUUUUUUUCUUAGAAUGUAGAUUCCAUGAGAGUAAGGCAGGGGUUGGCAAAUUAAGGCCCAUAGCCAAAUCUGGCCUGCCACCUACUUUUAUAUGGUCCACAGACUAAAAGAUUUUUUACUUUAUUAAACUGUUUUGAAAACAAUACUCUGUAGCAUGUAAAAUCAUAUGAGAUUUAAUUUUACUGUCUUAUCAAUAAAGAUUUAUUGAAAUUU